AUGUCCCGAAUCCUUUGGCUUACUGUUGAAAUUCGACUUGGAAGAAGACAGUUCUUUGAGCAAGCAAUGGUGGACUCAGGCUCCUACAGAAACAGCAUUGACCAUUCUGUGGUACUUCGAGAGAAGCUGCCCAUGCGCAAUAACAUCUUCCCUCUGAUGCUCGAAACAGUAGACGGCCGUCCACUGAUUAAUGGACCCAUAACUAAGGAAACACCACCUGUUGAAGUUAAAAUUGGAAACCAUGUUGAAGAGCUUCAGUUUGAUAUUAUUCAUGCACCGCGAUACCCUCUGAUUCUUGGAAUCCACUGGCUUGAAACACAUGAUCCAAUCAUAGAGUGGAGUACCCGCACUGUGUCCUUUCCAUCUCGUUAUUGUCACUAUAAUUGCUUCAGGCACAGAUGGAAUAGAAGACAUUGUGAUGAAAUAAUUGCUGGGUAG